UUUACAUGUUCUUCUUCUUCACUUAUUUACCCUGUACUGCUAAUGGAGUCACCAAACCAAACCCAGAACCAGAAAACUCUUAAUGAUUGUGAUGAUCAUUUUCUGCAACUCAAUUCCCAUGUUUCUCCUAAACCCUCCAUCAACCCUAGAAGGUAUCAAUUAGAGAUGUACGAGGUUGCAACAAAUAAAAACACCAUAGCUGUAAUGGAGACUGGUGCUGGGAAGACAUUGAUAGCCGUUAUGCUUAUUCAAAGCAUUGGUCAAACUAUAAAGUCAGCACAAGUUAAAAAGAUCAUCAUUUUCUUAGCUCCCACUGUUCAUCUUGUUAAUCAGCAAUUUGAGGUUAUUAAAAGUCUUACUGAAUUUGAAGUUGGAGAGUGCUAUGGAGGUAAAGGGGUUGAUGAUUGGACUGAACAAGUAUGGCAAAAUGAAAUAAACCAGCAUGAUGUCUUGGUUAUGACACCCCAGGUUCUUUUAGAUGCAUUAAGAAGGGCUUUCUUUAGCUUAGAAUCAGUAGGUUUAAUGGUUAUAGACGAAUGCCAUCGAGCUACUGGUAACCAUCCUUAUACAAAAAUAAUGAAGGAAUUUUAUCACAAAUGUAGUAGUAAGCCUAAGAUUUUCGGAAUGACAGCUUCACCUGUUGUUAGAAAAGGUGUUUCGUCAACAACGGAUUGUGAAGGUCAACUAUCAGAACUCGAAACCAUGUUGGAUUCCCAGAUUUAUACUCUUGAAGACAAGACGGAGAUGGAAACAUUUGUCCCCUCUGCAAAAGAGACCCUCAAAUUUUAUGAUCAAAAUCGGUAUCCAUUUCUAGAUUUGAAAGCAAAAAUGGAAGCUUUAUGGUUAAAGUCUGAAGCUUCAUUUCCGAAGUGUCAAGAAUCAGCGCAAAGUAAUUACAAGGACAUGGAUGAUAGAAUGAAGACACUGCAAAAACGGUUGACAAAUGACCACGUAAAGAUAUCAUAUUGCCUUGAUGAACUUGGUCUCGUAUGUGCUUAUGAGGCCGUGAAGAUAUGUCUGGAAAACUUCCCGAAUUCUCAAGAAGAUUGUGAAGUUCAUAGAAAAUUUUCGAUGGAGUACAAAUCUUUUCUCGAGGAAGCGUUGUGCGCUUUUGAAGAAUCACUUGCACAUGGCUGUGAAGAUUUCAUGGGUUCUGAAUUUGACUAUGUAAAGGCUGUGCAUUUAGGCUAUGUUUCUUCAAAACUACAAGAGUUGAUUAACCUUUUCCAAUCUUUCGGAGGAGCUAUGGAGAUACUUUGCCUCAUCUUUGUCGAUAGAAUCAUCAUAGCUAAAGUAAUCGAAAGAUUUGUGAAGAAAGUCGCUUGUUUGUCUCAUUUUACAGUUUCAUAUUUAACUGGAAGUAAUACAUCAUCUGUUGAUGCCCUUGCUCCCAAAUUGCAAAAGGAGACUUUGUAUUCGUUUCGCUCAGGAAAGGUCAAUCUGUUAUUUGCUACUGACGUAGUUGAGGAGGGAAUUCAUGUACCGAACUGCUCCUAUGUGAUACGUUUUGACUUGCCUAAGACUGUACGAAGCUAUGUCCAAUCAAGGGGACGAGCUCGACAACAAGACUCGCAGUUUGUCAUGAUGUUGGAGAGGGGAAAUGCUAAGCAAAGGGAUCGAUUAUAUGAAGUCAUUAGGAGCGAGCGUUCGGUGGUAGAUACAACUACAAAUAGAGAUCAUAAUUUGUGCACCGUGAAGCCAUUUACUCCCAAGGUUGCGCCUGCAUAUUAUGUGGAUACCACCGGAGCAUCAAUUACACCAGAUUCUAGUGUCAGUCUCAUACAUCGGUAUUGUGAACGACUCCCCGGUGACAAGUACUUCACUCCAAAGCCGACAUUUAAGUACUCGAAUCUUGGGCAACGGUCAUUUGAGUGUCAAAUAAUGUUACCUCCAAAUGCGGCUUUUAAAACGCUAAUGGGUCCUGUAAGUACGAGCUCUCAGUUAUCUAAGCAACUCGUUUGCUUAGAAGCUUGUAAAAAACUACAUCACAUGGGUGCUUUAGAUGAUCAUCUUCUCCCUUCCACGGAAGAAUCUUCAGAAAAAAGUGUCGCAGUGAAUACCAAAGAAGCUGCUUCCGGUGCUGGAACAACAAAAAGGAAGGAAUUGCAUGGAUCGACUCGUGCUCUUGCAUUAUCUGGCACUUGGGAAGAAAAGCAUGAUGCUGUUUUUCAUGCUUAUAGGUUUGUAUUUGCUUGCAGUAAUGUUGACGAGUUCUUUUCCGAAUUUGUUCUUCUAAUCGAGUCGAAGCUUGAUGAUGAUGUUGGAAAUUUCGAGUUGGAACUCUUCUUGGUUACAAAAUCAGUUAAGACUUCGGUUUCUUAUUGUGGACAAGUAAAUCUAGAUGCAGAACAGAUGAAGAAAGCAAAAUGCUUUCAAGAACUAUUCUUUAAUGGAUUAUUUGGGAGGGUAUUUAUGGGUUCUAAAUCAGCUGGAACAAAGAGACAAUUUUUACUACGAAAUGAUGAGAAAAGGUUAUGGAACCAAUUCUAUACGUAUUUGCUUCUUCCACUCGAAUCAUCAAACGGGGCAAGCAAUGAAUCUUGGAGAAUAAGUUGGCAAGAAAUGGAUUCUUGUGUUUCCGUGGUAGAACUACUGAUGAAGAAGUCAUUGCCAGAUAAUGGCGAAUCAGAUAAUGUGUCGCCAUGCAAGACCGAGUCCUUAGAGAGUAUGUGUGAUAAUAUAAUUCACUUUGCUAAUGGUUCUGUCGAUACAUCCAAUCUCGAAGAGAGGGUGGUAUUGGCUAUUCACACCGGGAAAUUAUACUCGAUUGUUGAAUUGGAGAGUGGCACAUCGGCUGAGAGCCCAUUCGAGGUUAACGGUGACGAUGUUUCAUCACCGUUCACUUCCUAUACCGAGUACUUUAACAAAAAGUACGGGAUUGAGCUAAUGUAUCCGAAUCAACCUUUAUUGCGGUUAAAGCAAAGUCAUAAUCCUCACAACCUUUUGGUGAACUUCAGUGAUGAAGGUAAGAAAUCGAAAAAUGGCGUCUCUAAGCCACAAAUGCAUGCCCAUAUGCCACCAGAGCUUUUGAUGACUAUUGAUAUACCGAGAAGCGUUAUAAAAUCACUUUAUCUAAUACCGUCGUUGAUGCACCGUUUGGAAUCCCUAAUGCUAGCUAGCCAACUUAGAAAAGAAAUAGAUUUUCGCACCUCAGAUAUGAGCUCUCGAAUUUCAAGCUCAUUGAUUCUUGAAGGUCUUACAACCCUUAGAUGUUGUGAAAAUUUUUCUAUGGAACGUUUGGAAUUGCUCGGUGACUCGGUUUUGAAAUAUGUUGUUAGUUGCCACCUCUUUCUUAAAUAUCCAAAGAUACACGAAGGGCAACUCACUUCUCGACGGUCUUCAAUUAUUUGCAACAAGAAUUUGCAUAAAUUGGGAAUAGAUCAUAAAUUGCAGGGGUAUAUACGCGAUGGUGCAUUUGAUCCACGUCGUUGGGUCGCUCCAGGACAACAUUCGUUACGACCAGUUCCUUGUAAAUGUGGAUUGGAUACUUUAGAAGUACCUCUUGAUCAAAAAUUCCAAACCGAAGACCCGAAAGUUGUACUGGGAAAGACUUGUGACAAAGGUCAUCGAUGGAUGGGCUCGAAAACUAUUGCUGAUUGUGUUGAAGCCCUCGUAGGAGCAUAUUAUGUCGGCGGUGGAUUGACUGCUGCAAUUCAUACAAUGAAGUGGUUCGGUAUUGAUGCUGAGCUUGAGCCUUCUUUAGUUUUAGAAGCGAUUUCGAUUGCAUCUCUUCGGUCUUAUACCCCAAAAGAAAAUGAGAUUGCAACCCUAGAGUCGAAAAUCGAGUAUGUAUUUUCAACGAAAGGUCUUCUGCAAGAAGCAAUGACGCACGCCUCUGAUCAAGAACUCAAUCUCGAUUACUGUUAUCAGAGGCUCGAGUUUCUUGGCGAUGCGGUCUUGGACUUGCUUACAACAAGGUACCUUUAUCAGACCUAUACAGAUAUCGAUCCAGGUGAGUUAACAGACUUGCGUUCGGCUUGUGUUAGCAAUGAAAAUUUCGCUCAAGCUGCAGUAAGACGAGACCUUCAACACCACCUUCUACAUUGCUCGGGUCUGCUUCAAAAUCAAAUAGCAGAGUAUGUGAAAUCUUUUGCUGAACAUAACAAUGCAAGUAGAUCAUUUGAAGGAGCAAAAGGUCCUAAGGCUCUAGGGGACAUAUUUGAAAGUAUUGCAGGGGCCGUGCUAAUUGAUACGAAGCUUAAUAUCGACGAAGUGUGGAGAAUAUUCGAACCACUAUUGUCUCCCAUUGUGACUCCAGAUAAACUCGAAUUGCCACCACUUCGUGAAUUGAAUGAAUUAUGCGAUUCUCUCGGGCAUUUCAUCAAAGAAAAUUGCACAAAGAAGGGCGAAAUGGUGCAUGCAGAGCUUACCUUACAGCUUAAAGAUGUCCAGUUGAUCGGAGAGGGAAGUGACCGUAGUAAAAAAGCAGCGAAAGGAGAAGCAGCUCGUCGGUUGUUGAAGAAACUCGAGACUAGAGGAAUUUCAUACUCAUGGUUCUCCAAGAAGAGGAAGCAAGAUACCGAAAAUGUGGAUGAUUUGUCUUCCUCAAACAUGAACAUUGACGAAAAUGGUUUAACAAUAGACGACGAACUUGUAGAAGCACAGAACCAUAAAAAACUUAAGAGAGAUGGAACUGGAAAUCUCGUAAAGUCAACUAAAGCAGUUAUGGUUAAUAUCGUCGAGUUCUCUGAGAAAAAGGGAUGUUCUUCGAACGAUGACAUCCCAUCUAUUUCGGAAAUCAAGAUGAACAAAGGAGGACCUAGGAUGACAUUAUUCGAGCUUUGCAAGAAGCAACAAUGGCAAAUGCCCGAGUUCAAAACGAGAGAAACUAAAUCAAGAACUCCUAUUGAGCUCGGUGAAGGCUUGGAAAAAAGAACAGGCUUCAACAGUUUUGUAUCAGAUAUAGUUUUGUACAUUCCUAACUCCGGUGACAUUGAAUGUACCGGUGAUGCAAAAGCCGAUAAGAAGAGCUCGUUUGAUUCAGCUGCAUUGGCGAUGCUUUACGAGCUUGAAAAAUUGGGGAAACUCGUCAUCGGUGACAAGUCUUGACUCGAUUUUUUAGUGGAAUAAUUGUGUAGGGAGUUCAACUUGUGUUGUAAAGUUAUAAUUCACAAUCCCUAUCGAUCUCCAUUGCAUGAGGUUUUAAUUUGUAACUUGUAAAUGAGUUUUUAUUAUGUAGUAAUCGAAUAUUUUAGAAAAAUUUACAUCUAACCUUAUAUAGAAAAUAAUUACUAA